AUGGCAGCAAAUCAUCCUCAGGUACGCGUCACUGAUGCCAACGUUGUUGCGGGGAAUGGCCUUGUGGCACAGCAAAACUUCAAGAAAGGCGCUCUCAUUCUCGACGAGAACGCAUUUUUCCAAUGCGACACACGCAAGCAGCCCGAGGAGCAGCAUAGAGAAGUCAUCGCUUUCUACGACGAAGAAGUCAACAGAACUACUGCACUUUUGACGACCGCAUACACACAGCUAAGCUGGCAAGAUCGGGAAGCCUUCCACAAGCUCUAUACUUCGAAGACCAGGGCUACAGACGUCGAGCACCUUGUAGAUCGUUGUCGGUAUAACGCUUUCAACUUCCGUGAUUAUACCGGUGUAGGUAUCCAGCACACCCGCCUAGUUGUCUACCGCACGAUAUCCUUCGCCAACCAUUCGUGCGUCCCCAAUGCAGUACUUUACAUCGACGAGAAUGGCGCAGAUCUUAAAGGUUAUGCCCGACUAGUUGCUACACGACAGAUUAACGCUGGUGAAGAGAUCCUGAUCAAUUACAUCGCGGAAGAUUGGGAAAAGAGCAGGGAUGCUCGCCAAGCAGCACUGAUGCUAGGAUGGGGCUUCGACUGCAGUUGCAAAGCAUGUGCGCCUGCGCUCGAGCCGGACGCGUCGGAGCGAACUUUGUGCUAUACCUAUAGUAAUGUGGAAGGUUAA